GCUACCGUGCGGGGGGGUGGGGUUAAACCAGGUUUCUGUCCACUCCAGCCCGUCACUUGUCAUGCAGCAGCAGCAAACUGAGCUCAUGGCCCCGCAGGCCAGCCCAGAGGCAGGAGAGCUCCCCCAGGAGUUGCCAGCUGCCCAGACAGACUCUGAAUCCUCCCUGGCCAGGUUCUUCCACCACAUUGUUCCGCUGGGGCUCUUCAGUUCCCUGGCCCGGCUCCUCCACAAGCUCUCGGCCUGGGGCGGCCCGUCUGUCCCUGUGGAGAACAUUGGCAGCCUGGAUGAUCGCGCCCCUUCCCUGGACAGGCCUGUGCGGCACGCCAAGAAGCGUCUCGGCAGACUGGCGCACCUCCUGUUCGCCAUCAUCCCCGCCAGGUUCCAGCGUGCCCUUGGCUACCUGCCGGCAGACUGCAUGGGUCAGAGCGGGAUCCCUGAGGAGAUCCAGAAAAGUCCAGUCAAGCCUUCAGGCAAAGGGAGCAAAAGGAAACAAGAUGAUGUUGCUCUGGAGGAGCAGCAGUCCUGGGUGGAGAUCUUGCAGCAAGAGCUGCCGGAGGAGGACGAGGCCGAAGACUCUACCUAUGAGCCAACGCGAUCGGAGACGGACUCUGAGGAAUACAGGUCCCAGAACGAGACAGAGACCGACCUGGAGUUUGAAGAGAAAGACGGGGUCCUGGUGCUGAAGGAAUCGCCGAGUCUGCAGGAGUCUGGCGAGCACAUGCUGGCUGCAGCAAGCAGCAAUACCCAGGAGCAGCAGGCUGCAGCGGGCGGCGGCGGGGACGCCCAGGAGCAGCAGGCUGCAGCGGGCGGCGGCGGCGGGGAUGCCCUGGAGCAGCAGGCUGCAGCGGGCGGCGGCGGCGGGGACGCCCAGGAGCAGCAGGCUGCAGCGGGUGGCGGUGACUGGGAUGAAGUGAUUAGUGAGGAUGUCUCUCCCCUGCACACAGGAUAAAUGGGGCCCCUGGACUCCUGGACCAAGUUUCUAUUUUUCCAUAGUGGCUGCUGUGGCUUUGAAAUGCCUGGUUCUCCCCUAGCCAGCUUUGCCCUGUGAAUGUGGAUUAAACUGUCUUAUAAAAUGCAAUGUUCAUAUUUUGGAACCUG